AUGGAAGGAAGCAACGGCAAGGUCAUCGAUGGUGAGACCCCAGGUGGCGAGGGCACCACGGAGAGGGGCAAUCUCGGGGUUGUUCUUCCAGAAGUUGUUGCCGAGACUGCGGAGGACGUCCUUCUCCUGACGCUGGGCCUCCUUCUUGAUGUGCUCGGCACGGUCGUGAGCGUACUCCUUUUCGUUGAUUUCCUGGCCCUGGGCCUUGAUGGCCUCAACCUCCUCGUAGAGGUACUCAAGUUCAGACUCCUGCCACUGCUUGAUCUGCUUCUUGCGGAGCUCAAUCUGGCGGCGACGGUAGUUGAUGUCGAGAAGGGGCGAGGGGAACUUGCCGGCGUGCUCACGGGCAGUGGUGAGAACGCCCUGGCCGGGAGCGGGAACGGAGCGGCCAAUCUUGUCGGUGGCAGUAGUGGUCAGAGCCAGGACACCGUGAAUGGGCAUGCCCAUGUCGAGGGCAAGCUUGGCAGUCAUGAGCAGCUGGACACCGCAACCCUGGGACUCCAUGAAGCCGUUACGGGUAGUGGUGGUGGGACGAGACAUCUCGCCGGGGGUGCGGCCGUGUUCCAUCUCGUCAACAGCGUUGCUGGUGGCCUUCAUGUUGGCGAACUCGUAAGAGCCCUCCUCACCGAAGUCGUCGAAACCACCGACAAAGACGACACGGGCCUUGCCUUCCAUGAUGGUCUCGUAACCAAUGUCGACGGACUCAACAGCGGUGGCGCAAGCACCGACAGGGGUCUUGAUGGGUCCAGAAGAAGAGAUCAACAACAUGUUGACCCAGGCGGCCAUAGUGUUGAUGAACGACUCCUGGAGAAUGUCGUUCUGAACAGGCUUGUCCAGGUAGCGGUCUCUGUGCAUGCCACGGAGAGCGCCAGCACCACCCAUACCGGAUCCGAUGCAGUUACCGACCUCGGAAACGUGGACGUACUUGUAGAACUCGUAGGGGUCGGUGAUACCAGCCGACAGCAGAGUUUCGGCGACGGACACGAGGACAAACAGGGUGACGGGGUCGACCUGGGACACAAUGUCCUCGGGAACACCGUAUCUCUUAGCGUCCCAGCCAGUAGGGAUCUGACCGGCAACAAGUCUGUCGAAGCGGAGAGCCUUGGGGAUCAAGAGGGCAGCUCCCUUCUUCAUGCGGACAAUGUACUCGCCAGACUCGGGAAUCUCGAAGAUCUCGACCUUGUCGCCGUGCUCACGCUUGAACUCUUCGGCAGUUUCCUUGGACGCCUCGAAAGGCUCGAGAUCCUCCUCAAUGACAACCUCGUGAAGAAGCUGCUUCUGCUCGGGGUCGUAGCCACCGAAGAGCUCAGGCUCAAUCAGGCGGAUACCAGAGUGCUCCAGAAUGAACUUCUCGUACUUCUGCUUGAUGUCCUUGUCGUCGACGGGCUCACCAGUCUUGGCGUCGACCCAGCCGGAGUAAGGAGCGGGCUUGCCCUUGAUAGGACCGUUGUGGUUCUUGAUCAAACCCAUGAUCCAAGCCAUCUCAACGCAACCCUCCAGGGAGAACUCGCCGUAGGCCUCCAUCUCCCAGCGGGUGCGGGAGUUACCCCAGGGACCAACCUCAGCAAAACCAGUAACGACGACGACCUUCUCCAGGUCGACCAUGCCCUUGAGGCGGUCGUUGAGGGGAGCAAUCUCCUCCUCCCAGUCGGGGAGGUUGGGGAAGUCGAACUUGAUGUUGGCGCGGGGCUCAACAACAUUCUUCUUGUAGAGGGCCUCAGAGUUGGGGCCGUUAACAACCUUGUUCUCGAUGGCGUUCUCCUUGCUGACAGCGCGGCGGACCUCGCUAGUCUCCAUGAUAUCCUUGCGGAGCUUGGUCAUGGUCUGGUUGAGGUCAGGGAUGAACUGCAGACCACCGUUCAGGUCGGCGAAAACAGGCUCGCUCUGGCAGAGGUCGACAACGGCAGGGGACAUGAGACCCAAGAGGUUGAAAGCCAUCUCCUGCUGAGAGAAGGUGCGGACGCCAAAAGCUUCGACUCCCUCGGCAACGAUAUUGUUGCCGCUCAUGAGACCGGUGCCACGAGUCCAGCCAAUGACGGCACCGCAGAUGGUGAGGUAGUGACCCCAGUCCUCGGAGUGCCAUCUGUUGAACAAAGUCUCCAGGGCAAGCUUGGACUCAGAGUAGAGUCCAUCGUUACCAAAGGUACCGUGGUUGGGCGACAGGGGCAGGACGACCUGGGCAGGACGAGUCUCGAAGCCACGCUCGGCCUUCUGAGUCUUGACGCUGCCAAGAAUGCGGAGCAGGUUGGUCAACAUGAUGCGGUGAGCCAGCUCAGAUCGGGAGUCGAUUUGAUCGAUCUGGCGACCGUUCUCGGGGAUGGCGGCAAAAGGCACAAUGAAGUCCAGAUCCCAGCCAAGGCCGUUCUUGGGGUCGUAAAUGUAGUCAAUCAGAGCCUCGCAGUCUUGCUUGCUACCCUGGUUGAAGGGCACAACAACAAGCUGAGAGCCACGGGCACCGAAACGGGUGUACAUGGACUGGUAGUACUCGGUAACCUCACGAGAGAAUCGACUGGUAGUGACAACAACCUUAGCACCACCACUGAUGAGACCCUGGAGGACCUCAGCUCCGAUGGAGCCGGCACCAGCACCGGUCAUGAGAGCGUGCUUGCCAGCAAAGCUGACACCGUCCUUGGCAGCCUCCUCAAGGGACUGCAAGUAGUAGCCAGUGAGCUUCUUGCUAUAGUCCCAGCCGUGAAGGCUCUUGCGCUUAAGGUGCAAGAAAGGGAUGGUCUCGACCUUGCCCUUGGGCCCGGUGGCAGGCUUCGCCUUCUUGGAAGGGCUAUCGUCGUUGGGAAUGAUCUGGUUUUCGUUCAUCGCCAGAGAGCGAAGGACGUCACCGUAAAGGUUCUUGAUCUCAAGCUGGGAGAUGCGGCGAAGGUCGUUCUGGACCUUGGUGCGGUUACCGUACUCGGAGAUCUUGCCACCCUCAGCCAUCUGCUGGACGUAGUGCUCCAGCUUGCGGCAGCUGGCGCGAGGGACUUCCUCGUAGUUCAGGUUGCCACGAGCAUCGACAGUGGUCUGAGGGCCAGUGGGAACGGCGACGUCCUUGUAGACGGGGACCUCCUUGCAGUUCUCGAUGAGCUGCUCUCCGAGCUCCUUGGCGAGCUUGUAAGUCUCGCCACGCUCCGCGGGGCAGUUGUCAAUGUGGUAUUGCAUGAACUCGACCAGGGUGGGGUUGGAGCGGUUCAUGAUGCGAAUGCACUGGCUCACGAUCUCACGGUCGACAGCCUUGAGACGGCCGAAGAUGAUGUCGUAGUACAUGUGGAGGGCAUCCUGGCGCGCCCAGUUCCAGGAAGAGUCGUAGGAACGGGCCUUGAGGGAGCUGAAGACAGGCUGGAUGCCAGAGGCGUAGAAGUCGCCGUGCUCGGCAGUCCAGAGGUCAAGCUGGGAUUGGAGCACCUUCUCGGACUCCUGAGAGUUGAUGUACGCCUUGUCACCAGCGCGGAGGUCGAGCUUGAGGUAUCUCGCAAGGAGCUCGAGCUGCUGCUUGAACAGAGCACGCUGAUCCUUGGUCAGGGCAUCGAUGGCAGCGGGGUCCAUCAUCAUACCGCCGCCAGAGCCACCGGCGGCAGCGCCAGCCUGGGGAGUGGACAGGCUGAUACCAGCGGUAGCAGCGUACUUCUGGGUGACAUCAUCGAGAAACGCCUUGGCGUCAGCCUCAGAUCCAAGACGAGCAGCAGGCUCCAUGGUGAGAGCAAGCAGCAGAGUACCGUCCUGUCUUCCAGAGCCCAAGCCCCAUCUUGUCUCGAGGUAUUUUCUCGCGGCCGUAAUGUUGAAGCCACCGGGCAUCUUGGAGGAGAUCAGGCGUGCAAUAAGGGCCUGAGACUGCUUUCCGAGCUGUCCGUCGAAGGUGGCCUGCAUGGAGGAACCGAGCUCGUCGAGAGGAACAUCUUCAGGCUUCUCUGGUGUUGA